AUGAGCCAGAAAACAAGGCCUACAGCUGGUAUUCAAAAAGCCCGAACUCUGGCCUUGAAGGGGAAUGGAUAUGUGGAUUUGAAGUAUGGCAACGAGGCGGCACUGGCGGAGACGCACAGGAGCAGUCCAGAGUAUAAGACGAUGCGGAAGGUGUCAGCGGAACACAAUCUCUGGGGCAAGGUUUUGCCAGAAGUCGUGCUCAUGAAGGCCAUCGUCCCCGAAGCGUUCAUUCACAAGGGCACACCUGCAUCAGGUCAGAAGCAAGGCGAAGAUGAUGCGUUUGUGGUCAUCUCCGAGUACACGAGUCCCGAUGCCUCCAUGGAAAAACUCGUCGACGAAAUUCGCAAACUAACUAAAGCUUCCUGGCAAGAAGCCAAUGUCCUGUCCUACUACCCAAUCACACAGAAAGACAACACAUCGAGCACAAUCCUCGUGUUCGAGCAAUACCCUUCAGAAGAUGAUUAUCAAGCAGUGACCAAAAAGCAGGAAUCCUUACGUUCAAAUGUGGCAAAUUUGGCGGCAAAUUCCAAGUCUACCACAUGGACUAACAGAAUCGGUUAUGUUGGUAAAUGA